AUGCGCAACGUCCACUUCCGCUUCUUGGGCAUCGCCGCGAGGUUGGGGAGCAAAGCGAGGAAGUACAGGGACGAGGACGGUUCUGUUUUCACGGAGCGCCUCACGACGGCCGUCCGCGGGUUGCACGACCUGCUGGCGAAGGGAGAUUACGGGCCGAGUAGGCGGCCAAUUGUUGGUAACCUGACGGUGCUGCAUAUGGCGCACGGUUUGGACACUACCCAGAAGCAGAUCGUGCACAACAUGCGGUCGGUGUCGCGCACCCUCGCUGGCACGCAGGAACUGCGUCGCAGGAUGGGCCACGUCUUCCAGUCCGGCGCGAUCGGUUACGGCCGCGGGCUCUUCAUCACCAUCUCGCCGAAUGAGAAGCAGUCGUGCCUGGUCAUGCGACUGCACAGAGUACGUCAGGACGACCCGCUGCUGCGCGCGUGGUGCACGGACGACUCGCGCGCGGUCAUGCGGAAGCGGCUGGCGUCGCGGGACUGGCCGUCCCUUUCUGAGGGCGUCGACGCGGAGCUCCCUGACUUCGACCUCCGUUUGUGCGAGGUGGCAAAUGACCCGCUCUCCGUCGUGCAGGGCUUCCGCGCCGCCGUGAGCGUGAUCUUGGGCCGUCUGCUGGGAGUCCGUCUAUGCGCUGAAUGCGGAGUCGCCAGCCGACGGCGUCGCGGUCCCGCGUGCCGCUGCACGGACAGGUUCGUUUCGAAUUCUCGGCCGGUGGGUGGAAUUUUCGGAGUUGCUGCUGCUCUGUUCGGUGUAGUAGAACACCAGCACCUGGGCACGCUCCACUCUCACGGUUUCGUGUACCUCGCGAACUUGUUCCAGCGCGCGUCCCUGGCUGAGAUUGCCAGACAGAUUCAGGAGUCCCCUCGCUUGGCGGACGCAGUGAAGGCGCGGCACGCGUGGGCCCACAGGGAAGAGCACUGGGACCCAGAGGGGCACCGUUCGAACCUUCGGACGUUGAAAACAGAGUGGCGGCAGAAUUUCCGGUCGUCGGACCACCUGGGGCAGUGCCGGUGGCCAAAGUAUCUGGACCAAACUGCGCGGAGUACCAAGUGGGAGGAGGGACGCAACGUCGCCGAGCGCGACGACGACGCGGCCAGAUUCGAGAAUGCGUACGAAACAGACGCGCAGAUGAUCUUCUCGAAAGUUCAGCACCACCAUCAUCUCGACGGCAAGCCGCUGACCCACUGCAUCAAGAAGGGGCGCAAGCACGGAGAUAGGUGCGAGCACGGCUUCCCGAAGACAUCGCUCCUGACGCCCGCGGACGGGCCCAGGUCGCGCGUGGUCUGCCCGCAGGCGGCGAAGGAUGUGGGCCUCAAAGUGAACGGGGCGCGGAAUGCGCUGGGGGAGAUUGUUGGGCCUCGCAAUGACGAGUUCCUCAGCGGGACCUGCCCCGCGCUCUCGGUUGCGUUCAGAGACAAUGCGCACACGGCGCCGAACAACCGGUUGCCGCUGAUUGACGACGUCACGCACGAUCCGAAUUGCUCGUGUCGGAACGAAGCGAGAGGAGAGACCGGAGAGGCAUAUCUACGACGUAUCGCCUUCGCAGCGCAGCGCUCCAUGUCGAACUCCACGCGCUACAUUGGCGGGUGCAUCUCCAAAGUUCAGCGCGUCGGAAAGAAGGCGCGGGAGCUCGCGAAGACCUGCCUGUCCACGCUGCAGACGUUGAACACCGUUCACCUCUGCAUCGGGGACUGGGAGUCCAAGGGCGUGGCGCGGACCAUCUUCGAGGAAAUGAACUUGGCAUACUUCUCGGAUUGGCCGAAUCCGCUUGCAGCAGAAUGCAUCGCGUCGUGCCCUGUCGCGGACGUCCACGCGGGCUGCUUUCUCAAGAUUGCGACGGCGGAGACUGGGGCAGGUCGCGCGACGGCGCGGCGCGAGCAGAAGUCGGUGCUGUUCGCGGAGACGGGCGACGUCGCCACGCCACCAGACGCGACGGCAUGGGCGCACGCGUGGCGCCCAGGUGCAGCCGACCUGAAGACGUCGAGCCCGUGCGAGUUUGUCCGCUUCUACGAAGUGAAGCCGCCGGCGGGGAAUGCCGGUUAUUUCGCAUUGGAGGAGGGCCCAGUCGACCAGGAGUUCGCGCGCACGUACGUCAUCGCACCUCGAUAUGCUCCUGCGUUCCCUGUCAUCAUUCAGCCCGUGAUGCCGCGCUCCGACAUGACAACGGAGCGCCGCAGCGCCGUGUUGUCUGCGUAUUUCCGACCGUGGACGCUGGCGUGCAGGCACGGAUCUUCUCGGGGGCUUGCCCCUCUGGCGAGGCAUCUGAACUUGCCGCCAAAGCGCCCGCGCACUGGGAAGAACCCGCCGAGCUUCCGGAAGGCAUUGAAGGAAUAUCUGCGCGGCCACAUCGCCUCGACCUCGAACCUCAUCCCUUGGGCGAACGCGCUGCGGACAAUGACAACGAUGCCAGAAAACGCCGAGGAGGACGAUGUUGACCAGGACGUGAAGCCAGUGGAGACGCUGCCCGAGGACAUGGGGCACCUCUAUUCGGCGCACAAAGCGCUGGAGCAGAGCAUGUCCUUUUGGGGCCCGCCGCACAGCGAGCCCACGUUGCACUGGCCACAGCGCCAGUCUGCCCUGCGGCAUUCCACCGCGACGCCAGCGGGUGCUCGCGGGAAUGCCCCAGAGCCGCCGCGGAAGACGGCCCGCCAGAACAAGCGGGAGAAGCCGUGCCCUGGCGACGCAGACCUGACCAGGAACAUCCAGCGUUGGCGGAGAGGGAAGUCGGAAGUCAUCCGGUGGUUGUGCGACGAGGACGUGGGUCCGUUCCCCAUGUGCAUGAUAUGGGAGCACGAGGUGCACUUCAUGAGGACCGCCCCAAUGAAUUCCAUGGCAGGCAACAUCGGGGGGAAGACGAUCCACAACUUCAGCAAGCUCGGGAUCGAUCUUAUCACGGGGGCCCAGUCUGGCGGGAAGAAGGACCCGGUGGAGAACGCGUCGGUGGAGCUGCCGGACGCCGUGCACAGGCAGGUGAAGGACUCGACGAGGGACAAGGGGAACCCGUGGGCCGUGGACGCACGCGCCCCGAAACAGUUCGCCAUGUUCGGCGGGCUGAACCUGGUACUCCUCGGAGAUCUGCGGCAGAUACCGCCCGUGAGGACUCCCAGUAUUGCUGACAAUCCUUUCCUGAAGCGGCCCGCCAACGUCGGCCGCAUACUCGAGAUGUUCUGGACAGAGGGUUUUCCGCACUCGGCGACUCACCUCUACGCACUGACCCAGUCGCACCGCUGCUCGGAUCCGCGGCGGAGGAGCUUCCUCGCAGAAGCGCGCGCGGGGGAGCUGUGGGACAGGAUGUACGGUUUCGUCCACCGCUUCCCCACUGAUGUGCUUGGCUCCUGGAUGCCCGCAAGCCCCGGCAGCGCGGAGGCCUCGACGGGGCACCUCGGCUGCGGGAAGGCGAAGUGCCGCGCGCUCUGGUCAGCUGAGUGGCCGCGGAUGUUCGGAGAGGGUCGGCCCUGGCAGGACAUGCGAUCUUUUGAGUGCGCUGACUGCUGCGCGGAACGCCGUCGGCGCUGCCGCGUCGCCUCUCAGAGCGUUGCCAGACAGCGGGAGGUGAGCACGACGUUCGCCGACGCGCUGUCUGUGCACCCGUACAACGCCCCGGAGAGCAGGAUUUUGACGCUGCGAGCGGCGAAUGCGGCAGCAAAUGCUGGGAAGCAGCUCCUCUGGGUGGCGGCGCGCGACGCCCCCCUCACUCGGGGCGACGCGUGCAGGUCGAAGGAGUCGCUCGCCCACGCCAGGCAGAACUGGCUCAUGUACCCAGAGAACAAGACUGACGGAGGAUGCGCGCGCUUCUCCACCACGGAGAAUGCGGAGGCGGGAGCUUGCAAGCAUUCGUGGGCGACCGUGACUGGCUGGGCCCUCCACCCCGACGAUUCGAAGCUGGUGAACGAGCAGAGGUCCGAGCCGGAGCUGGUCCUGCAGCACGUGCCCGAUGCGAUUAUGGUGAGAAUUCCAGGGAGCACGGCCCCCCGCUUUGGGAAUCAGCCCGCGGGUGUCUUCCCGGUGAAGGUGAAGGAAGUGUCUUGGGGUCGCAGUCCCGGCUUCGAGGCCAUGGCGAAGCGCGUGGGAUUCCCGCUGGUCCCGCACUUCGCCGCCACGGCCCACUGCGUCACCGGUUCCACUCUUCCGCAGGCCAUCAUCGAUCUUCUGGACGCGCGGACGACGCCACGUUCGUCCACGGCCACCACGGGCUACGCGGCCAUCAGCCGCGCCAGGAGGGCGGACGACCUGAUCAUCACGCAGCCCUACUCGCCCAUGCUUUUCCCUCAGGGGCAUCAGACUGGCCCGUGGCUUCUGCAUUCCCUGACAGCUGGGGAGAUGACGACGGAACAGGUGAAAGCCGGCUGGGCCAAGGCAGAGAAGGAAACGGCUUCAAGGUCGUCCAAGAAGUUGGUGGACGCCACGUUCCAGCGCCGCGAUUGCCACCAACGGAAGAAAGCAGGCAAUUUCCCAGGAAGUGGCAUGAGAACGAGCGAUUCUGUCGAGCAAGCCGUGCCGGUGCUGAGCCAGGGCGCGUGGAGGAGGUGCGCCCUGCGCGCGCAGGAACGGGCCCCGGUCGAGACGGCCGCGCCACCCGCUCCUUUCAGGUCCAAAGGGAAAGAGGUUCUCCACUGCAGACGCUGCAACGAGACCAAGCCGCUGAAAGUUUUCGUGCUGAGCGAGGUGAACGACUUGAAAGAACUUGGAGCCCUCGAAUUCGCAGCGCGCGCAGGUUGCGCCCCCGAGCGGCAGCAUUUCAACGUGCUGUCCGACAGCCGCCUGUCGAGGCGCCAGGCGCGCAAGUUGGAGAAGCCGACGCGGCAGUUCGACGAGGAGUUCUUCAAGAAGUCAUAG